AUGCCGACAGCAACCGAACAGCCUCCUAAGGUUUCCCAAGCUUCCUUGCUGGCAGCCACAUGGAGCCUCUUCGCCAUCGCAGUGCUUUUUUUCCUUGCUCGGAUCGCAAUUCGACUCAAGAUUUCGCGCCGCCUUUACUUUGACGAUGCAUGGGCCUCGCUUGCCCUCCUUAUCCUUCUCGGCCUCGCCCUGGUGCUGACGGUUGCCAUACCCUCAAUGUAUCAGGUUCUCAAUGUCGGAGCAGGCCUUGCCGAGCCUGACACGGAUUUCAUGAAGAAUGCAACCUUCUAUCUGAAAUUGCAAUUCGCUUUGACAUAUCUUUAUUGGAGCUGCCUCUGGGCCGUCAAGGCGUGCUUCUUAUCAUUUUACCAUCGUCUCACCAAGAACCUCAAGUAUUGCCGUCAAGUAUGGUGGGCGACUGUCAUCAUCAGUGUGCUCUCGUACAUUGGUGCCAUCAUCACCCGCCGGAAGAUGAAUUCUUCUGACGACGAGAUGUCUCCCAAAGGUCCUAGGUUGAGUACUCACCCAACAGCAAUACAACUAGACGAGCGGAGUCGCGAGAUCGCAGUACACCAGAACGGGACUAUUGAAUUGGCAGGCAGAGGAGAUUCCACGGAAAGAAUACUGAGGGGUUACGAAGUCACUUGA